UGUUCGUAUUCGGUGUGUACAAUUCUGUACAAUAAAAUAUUAAGGAAAUUUGUGAAAAUGUUAUUAAGCUCACUAAUGCAGAGAUUGGAUUGGAAACACUUAAAUUUUUUACCCCCAUUUUGUGCAGAUGUUCUUUGUUGCAAAUGUGUUUUGAAUCCUUGAGCAUGAUAGAUGUGGCGUCUGCCUUAUAAUCCUCCCUGCUGUAAAGAAAUCAGAUCUUGCCAUUCAGUUUGGCUGUCCUCCUGAGGGACACAAUGACUGGAUCAAAGGGGGUGUUUAGGUCUUGAUUUAUGAGAGCUUGUGGGAUCUGAGAGAGAGAGAGACACCACUGUCUCACAUGCAGUAGUCACUCACUUAACUUACAGGUCUGACAGCGCUCACAUUUCUUCAUGAACUGUAGUGGACUUCUUUUAUUUUUGAUCUCCUGCUGGCACACUUUUGCAGAGAUAUGCAGAAAAGCUGAAUUUUGGACAAAUCGAGGAGUGACACACAAGUUCCUAUAGCUUGACAAAAUAAUAUCAUGGAUCUGGGCAUGGGAAGCGAGAAAGCAGCCGCAGAGAUUCAGUAUGGAUCCAGCUUCCAGUCCAACCGCAGUGGGCAGACCGUCACUUAUCUGGGGAAGUUUGCCUUCGACACUCCUCCGUCAGGUGGCAUUGGUGGCUCCGGCUGGUGCUCUGAUAACAAUAUUAUCAGUCUUGUCAGCGCGGGGAUCCUGGGCGUCUCUCCAUCACCCGGCACGGUAACGACGCAGACAUCGUCCUCCGCAGCCAGCAUGGGCGGACAGACGUCAGAUAUGGAGCAGGUAUAUGGUCCGCCACUGCCUGCCUAUUCCACCUGCAGUGACCUGUACCAGGACCAGGUCUCCUUCCACCACAGUCCUGCCACCAGCACAGCUCUAGCCUACCCCGGCAAUGACUAUCACUCCACAUCCAAAGCCUCCAUGGAUGGCAGCCUUUUCUCCAUGAUCCCUGACUACAACCUUUUCCACCAUCAAGGGGAGGUCGGCGUGAUGGAGCACAAGCCCUUCCAGACCAUGGACCCCAUCCGAGUCAACCCUCCACCCAUCACACCCCUGGAGACCAUCAGGGCGUUCAAAGACAAGCAGCAGAUUCACCCAGGUUUUAUCGGCGGGCAGCAGCACCCUCCUCAGCACCACCCGCCGCCACAGACUCUCACCCUCAAACCCAUCCGACCACGGAAGUACCCCAACCGUCCCAGCAAAACCCCCGUCCACGAACGGCCGCACGCCUGUCCGGCGGAGAACUGUGACAGACGCUUCUCACGCUCAGACGAGCUCACACGUCACCUUCGCAUCCACACGGGUCACAAACCCUUCCAGUGCCGAAUAUGCAUGCGCUCCUUCAGCCGGAGCGACCACCUGACCACACACAUCCGCACACACACAGGCGAGAAACCCUUCUCCUGUGAGUUCUGUGGACGCAAGUUUGCCAGAAGUGACGAGCGAAAGAGACACGCAAAGGUUCACCUGAAACAGAAGGACAAGAAGCCUGCUGACAAGAGCAGUGGGGCAGCUGGGAGCCACAGCUCGCCACCCAGCUCCUGUGGGGGGCCGACAGUGGGAACGUCAUGACCGUCACUACGUGCACUUGGACUGGACCCUCAACAUUCCCCAUAAAGAGACUUAUGAAGAAGGGAUCACGUCCACUAUGAGAUAAAUAGGUGACUCUUUUAUUCUCUUUUACAUCCCCUGCUCUUUUCAGUUCCUUCUAUUUUGAGAUGGAUGCCUUUAGUUUAAGUAAGAGGGGAAAGGCUGCUACGCCCUUCUCUUUCAAGUAACUCAGAGCCUCAGCUACUGUAACACAGUGCCAACACAAAGAAGGGUACCUUGGCACAUUCUGUCCACAAGGCCACUGUGUAUCUAUAGGUUUUGUGAUGGAGACACGUUUGUAAAUUUUACUGAGAAUUUCUAAAUUGGAAGGAAGCCAGAAUCCAUCAUAUAAGGGUCAAAAAACAGACAAAAUUACAAUGGAGCUUAGUUAAAGGGUGAGUUGUCUGGGAUGUAUGCAUUAAUUUUAUUAGGCUGUUUAAAAGUGCAAUUGGUUAUAUUUGUGUACUGUCAUGGAUUCCUUAUUAGUGGCACUUGACUGUCUUUUUGUUGUUUUUGUUGAGGUGUCGUGUUUUUUUUAAUUAUUAUUUUCUAUUUGAAUGUUGUUUUCUCAAAAGAAUGUGCCAAAUGUAUUGUGGUGAUACAGCCAACCUUGUUCUAAUUAUUGUGCCUGACAUUUGCCAAACAUAGCAGCGAUAUCAGCUUAGCACACAUGUUGAGUUAAAGGAAAGAUCAGAUUCAAACACUCUGUCUCAGAUUUAGAUUUACCUGCACAAUUUGGUUUAGUCUAGAUAAAGACUGAAUGGGUUCCACAAAGCAAACCGAUGUCUUGUCCUGUUACCUGUACUUCUAAAAAACAAACAUGCCUACAGCAAUCAUUGCCUUUGCCAAUACUUAUUUAUUUGUAGUCACUGAGAGACACUGUGUAUUUUUGUUGCCUUUUUUAAAGUGGUGGCUUUAUGUGAUGUUACCAGAUAUAAUUUCUGUUGCUUUUUUUGAAAAGCUCACCAAUACUGUUCAUUUUGUUAAGUUUUCUUGAGUUCUGCAAUUAUAUGCAAUAUAUCCGUGACAUAUGCCACCAUCCCGUAAAUUAAAGAGCACAGUUACACAGACUGAACGACUUAAAUAAAUGACACUGGGUUGCAAACCAGCAGUAUAUAAAAGCAAAGAUGAAUAAAGGAUACACAGUGUAAAAAGACUAUACUACUUGGUUUAAAUCACCAAACAUGAGCAGCAUAUGCGAAGAGAAAAAUUAAAAUGUCCAAAUCCAUGUUUACAUUUUUUCUAAUACAGAGAGACUGAGACUGAGUUGUAAACUAAGGACUUGUUGUUUUUGUACAGUAUACAAACAUGUAUGCAGGUAGCUACAGUAGAAGUUUCACUUUUGUACUCAAAUGUCAAAUGCACCAUAACUCAGUAUUAAAUUGUGCAUAUAUGUGCAUGCCAUCAUGCACACUAUGUAAAUACAAAUGUCUGCAUAAACAAGAACUUUCAAUUGACUGAAUGCUUGUGCGGAAUGUGUCUUAAAGCUUUUAGUAAUGUAGUUAUAAUACAGAAUAUUUUGUUGUCAUAGGCCAUUGCAAAAAUCUUUUGGAGCACUAUAAUGGUGCCACAUAUGGUGUAUUAUCUUCCAUAAAAAGAAAAAAAAGAAUAAUAGCGUUUGCACCAUUUUGUACGUUUUAAAGUGGUAACUGGUUUAAAGAAGCACUAAUGUGUUCUCUGAAUAAACAGCAAGAUUUUUUUACUUUUUGCUUAUCUCCAUUAUAGUCGCAAUCAGUUAUUUCAAUUAACACAUCUUCCCCCAUUGCAUAGAAAACACUGGUUGUUCUGGGAUAGACAGGAGACUAAAUGACUGAUAACAAAAUACAUUGGAGGGCAAUAUAUUUCACAUUCAUUAUUGAUCUUUGUCCUGAUAGAAGGAAAUAGCUCUUAUAUCAUUCAUUUGGUGUAGGCUCACCUCUUCCAUUAGCCUCUAUGGGACCUUUAAAGUUUAUUAUAACAAUUCUGUCAAAUGCACAAUAAUGACCAUGUUUGAUAAAACUUA